GGUACGUCGACCCCGAGCUGGCUGCGCGGCAGGGUGUGGACGGGAAGGCGUUGAAGAAGAUCCGCCCGCGGCGGACGGUGGAUUAUGGUGGGGGUAUGGGGCGCUGGGCGUUGAUGCGGAAGCUGAGGCCGAACCCGACGUAUGUGCCGCAGGUGAGGCCGGCGCUGCCGUAUAUCAUCGACUUAUUGCCGCCGAAGGCGUAUCCUGACAAUGCCUCGACGUCCCUAUGUACAAAGUUCGUGCACACGUCCACGAAUAAGAUCCGGUGCCCGGUGAACGUCGUCGUGUGGACGCCCGAGGCGCGGCGCGUGCUCACCGGCUCGACGUCGGGCGAGUUCACGCUCUGGAACGGGCUCACGUUCAACUUCGAGACGAUCCUGCAGGCGCACGACAGCGCGGUGCGCGCGAUGACGUUCACGCACGCGGGCGCGUUCCUCGCGAGCACGGACCAGAGCGGCGUGAUCAAGUACUUCCAGCCGAACAUGAACAACCUCGCCGCGUGGCAGGGGCACCGCGAGGCGAUUCGGGGCCUGAGUUUUAGUCCGGAUGAUAGACGGUUCGCGACUGCGAGCGAUGAUUCGACGAUUAGGAUUUGGGCGUUUGAGGAGAGUCGGGAGGAGAGGGUGUUGACGGGACAUGGGUGGGAUGUGAGGUGCGUGGAGUGGCAUCCGACGAAGGGGCUGCUUGUCUCUGGGAGCAAGGACAACCAGAUCAAGUUCUGGGAUCCACGGACGGGGACCGCGCUGGCUACCCUGCACCAACACAAAAACACGAUCCAGGCACUCGCGUGGUCUCCGAACGGCAACCUCGUCGCGAGCGCGUCGCGCGACCAGACCGUGCGCGUGUUCGACAUCCGCGCGAUGAAAGAGUUCAAAGUGCUCAAGGGGCACAAAAAGGAAGUCUGCUCGGUAACCUGGCACCCGAUCCACCCGAUCCUGGUCACCGGCGGCUCGGAGGGCGCGAUCCUGCACUGGGACCUCACGACACCCACGCCGACGAUCCCGGCGGCCUCGCCCCAGGCGCGCGCGGCGCUCCCGCAGGCGCACGACAGCAACGUGUGGGCGCUCGCGUUCCACCCGCUGGGCCACCUGCUCGUGAGCGCGUCGAACGACCACACGACGCGCUUCUGGGCGCGCGAGCGGCCGGGCGAG